UAAAGAAAUAAAUUGUAAAAGAUUUAAAAAUUCAAUUAAAGAUAUGACAGACAUACAGGAAAAGCUUAAGAUAGGUCCGCGUGCGGGUAUUAGUUAUCCAGUCAUUGUAGCAUAUUGUGGAAAUUGUACAAUGCCAAUUGAAUACUGUGAAUAUUAUCCAGAAUAUGAGAAAUGUAAGAAAUGGUUAGAAAAGAAUCUUCCUACGGAAUUUGCAAAAUUGGAUGUUAAAGAUCGAGGCACAAAUGUACAGACGGAAACAAGCGUCGGCGGCAGCACUGCUGCUCCUGCAAUUGAAGAGGAAGAGAAGAAGCGACAGAAACGAGGUGGUAAAGGUAUGGUUAAAGCUAAUAAGAAGAAGGAAGAUAACGAUAAGGAGAAGAAAAUCACAGUUUCAAGAGCACCGAGAGGAAAAAAGAAGUCUGUAACUGUUGUGAAUGGACUUAGCACAUUCGGUAUUGAUCUUAAGGCAGCAACAAAGUUCUUUGGCACAAAGUUCGCUUGUGGAUCAUCAGUAACUGGUGAAGAUGAGAUAGUCAUUCAAGGAGAUGUCAAGGAUGAGUUGUUUGAUAUAAUUCCUGAGAAAUGGCCAGAGAUUGACGAAGACUUCAUUGAAGACUUGGGUGAUCAAAAGCGAUAAAAACGUGAGAUAUUUGUGUGCAAAUAAUCCAUAAAAGCUAA